AUUCCCCUUCUUCCUUGCCGACCAAACCAAGAAGACGAAGGGGGAAAAAAAUCCGAACAAUCCGAGAAGGAAAGCUAGGGUUUUCGCCAUGGCCACCGCUUAUCUCGAGCUCCUCCGCACCUCCAUUCCCAAUCUCUCCUAGGGCGGCGCGGAAUCCCCCUCCCUCCCCCCCGGAAUCUCGCAUCGGCGCGAGAAAGGAGCCGCCUUCCCCUUCCCCUUUUCCGCUAGCUCCGUCUCCUCCGUCCGAGGGUUUCCUUUCCGCCCCCACAGCCGCCCCGCAUCGCAUCGGGCCGAGCGAGCAAGCAAGCAAGCAAGCCUGGGCUAUUUUAAUCAGGCAGGGCGAGGGAUUCGGAGGGAGGCGCUGGCGAUCGACAACCUCCGGGUGAGGGCAUCGGCGGCGGCGGGGGCGGGGGCGGUCGGAUAAUGUGUAUACUGUGCGCCGUGCAACGGUGGUCGCGCCGCGUCGCCACCAUGCUGCCGUGGCUCGUCCUCCCGCUCAUCCUCCUCUGGGCGCUCUCCCAGCUCCUGCCGGCCGCCUACCGCUUCGAGGUCACCUCCCCGCGUCUCGCCUGCGUCUCCGUCCUGCUCCUCACGCUCUUCUGGUAUGAGAUUCUUCUCCCGCGGCUAUCGGUCUGGCGCGCCCGCCGCUCUGCUCGCCUCCGUGAGGAGCGCCGCGCGCAUGCGCUCGAGCUCCAGAAGCUCCGCAAGACUGCCACGCGCCGCUGCCGCAAUUGCAACAACCCGUAUAGGGACCAGAACCCUGGCGGCGGGAAGUUCAUGUGCUCGUACUGCGGUCAUGUGUCCAAGCGGCCGGUGCUUGACCUUGGCCCUGCGGGGAAGGUCCCGUCUGGGUGGCCUUGCAGUCAGGAUUGGGUGAAUGCUGCUGGCGACCCGGGUUACUGGCUUGACCUGCGGUGCUCUGCUGAUAACUCGUACUCAGGUUUCUCAUGGCGGUUGCUCUCGUGCUUUUGCAUGGGCACGACAUGGUUCUGGAGGAAAGUGCUUAGGUUUGGAUCAUCAGGGGAUGGCCGGGGCUUAGGCCGGGAUGGAAAAAUGUUGGGAAAAGGAGGGGAGAAUGGAGGGAAGGCUGAGGAGAGCAGAGUGGACAAGGCGAAAAGGAAGGCUGAGGAGAAGAGGCUGGCGAGGCUGGAGAGGGAAAUGCUGGAGGAGGAGGAAAGAAAGCAGCGAGAAGAGAUGGCAAAGCUAGUGGAGGAGCGGAGAAGGCUGAGGGAUGAGAAGGCCGAGGCUGAGGAAAGAUCCAAAGGCGCUACUCCUGUUGGGGAGAAGGAUCCUAGGAAGGAAGCAGAACGAAGGAGGCAGGAGAGGAGGAGGAAGGAAGACAAGGGAUCAAGCAAGAGUAAUUCAGAUUGUGAGGACAUUGAGCGAAGAGUAAACAGAGAGGGUGAGUGUAAGCGGGACUUUGAUAGAAGGAAUGAGCCAGAUAGACGCGACGCAACAAGAAUUGGGACAGAGGGAUAUAAGUCCCAUAACUUUGAUGCUAACAAUCAGGGUAGUAAGAUAGUACAGAGCAGGACGAAGUACUUUGGUCGUAUGACUGGAGGUUUGUUAUCUUCUUCCAGAAGUUUUGGUGGUGGUUCCAUUUUUGGUAGAAGGGCUCAGGCUCCUGCUCCUCAAGCUAACAAGGUGACUAAACCGCUUGUUGCUGCAAUUGACCAGAGCAAUGCAGUUAAAAGAGAUGCCCAACCUGCAGCUGCACAAGCAAUGUUCAAAUCUGCUACGACUGGAGAAACUAGAAACUCAUGGGCUAAUUCUCACAGAUCUGUUAGUCCAAAUAUGCAGGCACAUCCUACUGGACUUAAAAAGUCAUGGCAUCAGCUGUUUAGUCGCUCAGCAUCUGUUUCCCCUUGCCCCGAUGUUACUACUUCAGCUCGUGAAAAGAAUGGGCUUCCAGAAUUUAAUGGGCCACAAAUAAGCAGUGCCCGGAAUUUUCUGGCUCAGUAUCCUCCUCUGGACAGCAAGCCCAGGUUAAGCCAAUCGAUGCGGUUUACAGGGUUUCCACCAGUGAAUGGAGCACCUGCUGGCACGCCACUAUCUCAUUUUCCAGCUGCGCACACGCCCUUCUAUACUGAGGCAGAGCCAACAGUAUUGGAAGAACCAGAGCGAUUUGAGGACCCAUGCUAUGAUCCAGAUGCAAUUGCAUUGCUUGGGCCAGUUUCAGAGUCCCUUGACAGCUUCCCUCUUGACUGGGAUAACAGGUUCGUCUUGAGUGAUGUCCCCAAGGAACCACAUGUCAAGCCUUCACCAAUUGAGUCUCCUCUGUCGAGAUCACGGACCGUUGAUGAAAAACCUAUCAAACACUCACAUUUGUCUAUUUCUAAUGGGCCUAAUGGUUCCACGUCACCUGAUGCUACCAAUGAGCAAGGCACAUGGCAAAUGUGGAGCACGCCAUUGGUUCAGGACAGCUUGGGUCUGCGAGGUCCCCAGACACAGUGGCUUCUUCCAAAUAAGAAUCAGUUUACCCAUUGUGUCGAUAAUUUGAAUGUCGGAAUUAGAAGCCCCCUAAGUGCUGGUUUGCAUGGCAAUGAUAUAUGGCUGCAGAAAUCACCCUUCCAGCAAUUGCCCCUUGACUCCGAGAAUAUGUUCCUUUCACAUGAUUUGUCAGAAAGUGAUUUACAGAAUGACUUGGGUUUUGGAUCUCCAAACAAAGCUGCGCGUCUACACCCCUUUGUCCCACCUGGUCCUGGACAUUCUUGGUCCAAGGAGGAACUUGUGCUGAAUGGACCUCCAGGAGCUACUCAAAUCCGCUCACCGAAGGGAGUGCAUGCUGGCUUGUUUCCAACUAAUCCCAAUGUACAGUCAGUUUGGUCGUUCGAUCAAAAGAGAGACAACAUAGAACUUAUAAACUGAUGUGCCUGAGCCCAGACUUUCUUGCCUCCCUCCUUCCAGCUUAGGGAGUUGUGGAGAUAUGUUGAACUGUAUUCCCUUAUGCAAGAUUGGACAUGGCCAUUUUAUUAAGUAUCAAUCACCUCUUAUUGUCGCCCCCACUCGUUAGGCUUCUUGCUUGAUGUUUUGGUUUUGUGCAUCUCAAAGUUAUUUUGUGGAUUCGAUGAAAAAUGGGGUGCAAACUCACUGCACACAGGCUUUGUUUCACCAAUUCACCCUUACCAUUGCAGUGAACUGUGAGAUUACCA